UUUCAUCAUAAAAAUGGCUGAACUUAAGUGGUCGGGGAAACAAAUUAUAGAUUUUUUAAAUUUGUUCCAAGACUAUCCGUGCUUGUGGGACGUUACUGCAAAGGAUUAUCUUAAUAGGAGCGUAAAAGAAGCAGCAUACAGUGAGUUGCUGCAAAACCUCGAUGAUGUUGGAAUGCCUGCUACAGUUGAGCAGGUAAAAAAGAAGGUAAAAAGUUUAAGAGACACAUACAGAAAGGAACUCAGCAAAAUAAAGAAAUCUCAAGAAAGUGAUGCUGGUACAAGUAAAAUUUACAAGCCAAAGCUUGUGUGGUUCUCGACAGCAGAAGUACUCUGGCAUGGAGCUGUCACUGGCAGGGAUUCCUCAUCAACUAUGGAAAUCCUGCAGCUACUUAUGGAUGAAGAGGGACAUGAAUCUACAGACAAUGACGACAUUUCGGUAAAGAGCAAUGCACAAAUAGUGGAACCACCUACACACCCGUCAAGUCCCACCACCCUUGUGUCUAAUUCACAGUUGCAUUCUACAAAACGUUCAUCCACCUCUAUGGAAUCACCACGGAAGGUAUUGAAGAUGCAGGGUAGUACAGAAACCCCCACUAGAUUUGAAAGUGUAGUGGAUAAAUUGCACUCUUUAGCCAACCUGACCAGUGAAGAUACUGAAGACCAAUAUGACAAAUUUGGCCAACACAUAGCGUGCCAGUUGCGACAACUCCCUGAGAGAAGUUUUAUUUUACUGCAAAGUAAAUUUCAAAACAUCAUUACCGAGGAGAGACUCAAAGCUUUGGAUGGUAAUAACUAACUGUGCACCACUCUCAGUAAAAUACCACAGUUGAUGAUCCC